AUGAAGGAACUUGCGGAAUUUCGCAAUCAGGCCAGGGCAGAGGUAACGGCCAAAAUCGAGAAGCCCGCCGAAAGCUCUUUCCGAAGCCGUCCCAAGGACCUCGUCUCACAAGAAAAACCUAUUCGCGGACCGAGGUACUCUCAUUAUACUCCGCUGAAUACUAGCCGAUCGGCUGUCUUGGACCAAGCACUUGCUUCGGAGGUCCUGGCAGUGCCGAAGCGAGCCGCGACCCCUCCUCGUGCCGACACUACCAAGUCCUGCAAGUAUCAUCGUAACAGGGGCCACUCGACUGAGGAGUGCGCGACCUUGAAAGACAAAAUUGAGGACUUAAUCAAACAAGGGCAGCUUCAACGUUUUGUCGAUCGACCUCGUUCUCCCCGAUACGAUGACCGCCGGCAUCGUCGAGAUCAGCCUGACCAAGAAAGGUCCAACAAGCGUCCCUACAGGGAACGGAGCCGAUCGAGGGGCCGAAAGGAAGACGAGCCGAUACCCCAGCCCCGAAGAGUCAUCAACACCAUUACCGGUGGAUUUGCAGGCGGUAGUUCUACCUCUUCAGCCCAAAAAAGACACCUCCGAGCCGUCCGAGCUGUGCAUGCGGUUGAACGCACUCAGCGAAGGAUGCUGGCCAUCACAUUCACCGAAGCUGACUUUAAAGGCAUCGAUCCUGAUCAGGACCACCCCAUGGUUAUCAGCGUUGAGAUCCACAACUGCAUUGUUCGGAAGACGUUGGUCAAUCAAGGAAGCUCGGCCGAUAUCCUCUACUGGAACACCUUUAAACAGCUUGGCAUCCUGGAGGCCGAGUUGAUCCCAUACAACGAGCCCUUGGUCGGAUUCUCUGGUGAGCGUGUCCAAACGAAAGGAUACAUCAAGUUAUCCACCCGCUUCAACUUCGACGGAGUUGAAGCCCGAGACAUCCCAGUCAAAUAUGUGGCUGUACACGCCAACACGUCGUACAACAUUCUUCUCAAAAUCAGGCCGGAUCAUCACACAUGCGUCCUGCUAACUUGGACUUUCUCAAGACUUUGGCAAUUGGACAAUCAGUACGCACGAUGA